AUGGCGAACGAAUUUGAGUUUUCUUCUAUAAUAAAUUCAAAAAUGAUCGUGAAACCGACAAUAUGGAUACCACUUUUAAUAACGGCUUUAUUUCAUGUUGAACUAUUGGAUAGUUUAGCAUUGAGCCACGACGAUUUGGAAAGUGCUAAUAAAACAUGCGACGGAAAAGGAAGUUGCGAAACAUACGGUAGAGACGUUCGACUAUUGGAAGAAAUAAAUUGGCUGGAAAGAAAUUGUUUAUGCGACAAACUUUGCGCCAAAUAUGGGGAUUGUUGCGUGGAUUCGCCAUAUUUUAGAGUUGCGGAACAAAGGCGAGGAGCAGCAUCUUUUUCCUGUGUAAAUUUAAAACAAUUCGGAGGAGUGUACAUGGUGACAACUUGUCCUUCCAUGUGGAAAAAUUCUAAUUACAGAACAAAAUGCGAAAUGGUUGACAAUUCGGAUCCUCUUACAAAUCUUCCCGUCACGAGUCAUCGAAGCGGAGUGACAUAUAGAAAUUUUCAUUGUGCUUUGUGUCACAGCGAUGCGGAAAACACGACGACGGAUUUUUGGAUACCACGUUUGGAAUGUCCAUCCCUUCAUUUACCAAAUUUGUCUCAGGUUACCGAAAACGUGACGGAUUUAUUAAAAUGGAACGAAACUAAAACACAGUGGGGAGUUCAAUUACAAUCUUGGCAUCCGUGUUUUAUUGAUCCGGUUAUACCAGAAACUUCGAGUUAUUUAAUUCGAAGGUGUCGCGAAAACGUGAUACACGCGUGUGCCGUUAACUGGACAAAUGCUGACGUUCGUAACAGAUGCGAAGCUUACACUUCUUUAGUUUACGAUGGACCAAAAGCUUAUAGAAAUCCUCACUGUGCUUUAUGUAAUAAUAUCCCCUUGCAAAAUUUGGCUUGUUCAAAAAUAUCACAACGUGAAUUCCUUCCAAAUUAUUUUAAUCCGACAGCAUUUUCAAUUUUAUUUGACCUAACUGGAAAAUCGGAAGCUGUCGGUAAAAUAAAACCGUGUUUGGCGGGUCAACUAUACGAUCCUUUUUUUAAAAUAUGUCGAGAUGUUUUAUGUCCGAAACCCGAAGCUGGAAAAUCUUGUUUGGCUGAAGAAAAAGAUGAUUAUUACUCACCAAUAUUACCAUCCUACAAAGAUGAUGACGUAGAUAAUUUAAAUUACACUAUGAAGUUUCUUGCAUGUCCUAAAUUUUUAUUGGCACCAGAAGACUUCGUGUUUAAUGACGACAGCAACAAAACCAUUUUCAUAUCAACCUACGAAAAAUAUUUUACAGAAAAUGAAUUUAAAGUGAACGAUGACGGAACCGUGGAAAUUUGUGCUGGAACAUUAGGCCAAAGAUUGAUAAAUAAAUUUGGACAGUAUAUGGGAUACAUUACCGCUGUCGGAUUGGGUGUUUCCAUAGUUUUUUUGGUUCUUCAUCUUCUUGCUUUUUUAGUCGUGCCAGAUUUACAAAAUUUAAGCGGUAAAAAUUUGGCAUCUUUAUGCGUUGCUUUAUUACUGGCCAAUAUUUCUUUCAUAUCGGGUCAAAGGAUAACUACCGGUACAAGAUCGUGUGCCGCUUCCGGAAUUGUCACCUAUUACGGUUACCUCGCAUCGUUUUUUUGGAUGCUGACGAUGGCUUUUGACAUAUGGAGAACAUUAAAAAUUGCAACUUUUGAAUUAAGAGUGUCUUCUGGAAAACAAUGGAAAAAGUUUAUCGUGUAUUCGAUAUGGAGCUGGAUGGCUCCUCUUAUUUUAAUGAUAGCGGCUGUUGUUACAGACAUUUCACCAAGUGGAACCGUAAAUGUAUACAUUCGUCCUUUCUUCGGAGUACAUUCUUGUUGGUUCGGACACAGACAAGCGCUACUCAUAUUUUUUGCCGCUCCCUUUGCCGUCAUUAUGAUAGCCAAUAUCGGAUUUUUCGCUUCGAGUGCUCACAUGAUAUUUUCAACUACAUCGACAACGAGAUACACUGCCAGUGGUUCAACGCAAAGAGAUUUUAGGUUAUACAUACGAUUAGCAUUAGUCAUGGGUCUUACAUGGUUGACAGGCUUAUUUGCCGGAUAUUUAGAUAUCGACGCCUUGUGGUAUUCAUUCAUUGCUUUAAAUACUCUUCAAGGACUUUUUAUUUUCUUAGCUUUUACUUGCAAUGACAAAGUCAUAAGAACAAUCAAAGAACUUAUUUGUACCAAAUUGGAUUACGAUAUAACAGCGAGUGACAUUAAAGAUAGAAGACCUCCAUCGUAUUCUUGGUCUGGAGGAUCCAGCUAUUCGACGAACAAAUCGAAUCUCGGCUCGAGUAGUGAAGACAGUACUAAAAAUAGAGCAUCAGAAGCUAAUUCCAAAAUGGGAUACGACAGCGCUCCGAGGAGUAGAGCUUUCGAAGAUAGAAUUUCCGCAGAUUACGAUUCUUCCGAAAGAAAUACUAAAAAAUUUGACACUCCAUUGAGUAAUCCGGAAUUUUCAAAAGGUUCGAGAGAGGAUUUAAAUUCGAAAUUAUCAUAUACGGGUCGGGCUCGUAAAAAAAGCAGCGAACUAUUACCAAAAGUGAAUUAUAGUAGUCACCCAGAAUUAAAUUUUGAAGAAAAUUCAAAAUUACAUUCAAUGUAUGGUGGUACAAAAAAUGCCGGAAGAAAUUCUUUGUACGGUAGAAAGCAUUCAGAAGAUGCCCUUUACUGA